AUGCAGCGGAUUGAGGAAGACAAGCCUCAUCCCCACAUCGAAUCUUCAGUCACCCUCAAAUUCCCUACAAUAUUCGUACAUGGUACGCCUGCCAGCUGGCUGUCCCAGUCUCAGCUCGUCACCAUGACUUCCCAGCAUGACGACAAUUCAUGUGACGAUACAUCGAGCUCUCUCGGAGACAGCUCCUACGACUUUGUAGACGAUAGAAGUAUUGCGACAACCGAUGAUGAAGACCAAGAUGCAAUGACCGAAUCCAUCACCUCGAGUGAUGGGCAUGAAUUCGACCAACCAGACAUUCAUCAGCUACAGGGCAGAUCAGGUGAUUCAGGAGGUCAGACCUCUCACAGCCAGGGCUCCGAAUACUGCAGCGGCCAAGAGAUCCACUCGGAGUCCAACCCUCCUUCCUCUGGACGAGAACCAGAUCUGCAGGCUACGACCGAUCAAGUCCCUCUGAACAAGCUGCACGAUCAACACGAGGCUAUCGAAUUCGUCGAGCCGAGCGUUACCAAUUUGAAUUUCUCGAGGCCCGUCGAGGUAUCACACACGUUAAAGAUAAUAGACGGCCAGAAUGCUACUGUCAGCAAUUUCUAUCUCAACAUGCUAGAGCGCCGCUCUGGAAAGGUGGCCGUCACCGUUAGGCAGACGAUGGCGAGCCAUGGUCUUCAACUUCGGGGCAGGCCGUAUAAGAUCCUAUACGUGGGGGACUCCUCCGUGAGAGAUAUCAUUGUACAGAAAAUUGCUACGGCCUUGGCAGCUUCGCUGAACAACAGCUCUUCCCCAAACUUCGAAAAGCCUCGACCUUCCAGAUUUAAUGUUGUUCCAAUCUCUGCAUUCGGGGAGGAAGCUUCUCCAGAAGUCGUCCUUAUCGACUCGUCAGGUCUUGAGAUGAGCGUUGACGAGUGCAGCUUCGCUUCUUUCGCAAGAAACGAAGGUGGGAACGACACCAUUCAAAUGCAAUUGUCUGACGGAAGUCAAGUGGUUUCCUCUUGGUCUGUUUCGAAAUUCGUCAUUUCGAAUGAUUGGAGGACUCCUGACAUAGCGGUAUUUUGUUCGUCCGAAAGGGAUAGCGUUGCUGUAAAGCAGACUCGCCGCAUUGCUCGAUCUUUCAUGAGCCGUCAUGCGGUACAAACAAUCGUCAUCACAGCGGCCUCGCACUGGGACUGUCAUGCAGACGCUAUCACGUUGGAUUAUCUGACUCCACACAUUCAUUUGGAGUCUCUUGAACCUAUGGGCCUGAAUCGUACUCAGACCGUCCAACGCCUGCCGAUUGAUCUUGCGACAUUCCUGAGUAUCGAUGCAGGCCAGAUGAAUAGAAACCUCGCUUGUCUGGAUGCUGCUCGCGGAUCCUCCAAAGGCUGCGUGCCUUCGAAGGUCGCGAAGUCCAGAGGAACCUCGCACGACCGCCUCUCGUUCCAAGAGAUCUAUGAUGCAUUUGUCACCGAUAUUCGAAAAGAUGGGUUGAAAGGUCUAAACCGGGUCUCGAACAGCAGAGUGUUCCCUAUGAGUGUUGCCUCAACUUCUGCCUUGGGUGUCUCAACUUCAACAAUGGCCACCGCAGCACCGCUUUCCUUGCAAAGCUUGUCCGCUCUGACUGCAAGUUUGGCAUCAUCUACUCCGACUCGAGUGUCACCUGUCAGGAGUUUGUCGACUGACGUAGAUAUUGCUUCAUUUCUACUAGAUGCGUAUGCUUUGGCGCCGAAUCAAUCGGAGCAGUUCAAGGUUCAUUUCCUCGGCGACUGUCAUAUAGUACUUCGACCACCCCAUUGGUUCAGUAAGAUGAAAAAGACUCCGAAGCUAUUGAUCAAGAUCACACGGGGCGACAAGACUUUGGAGCACCAGGUUUCACCGUUGUUCGAUGGGGUAUACGCGCUGCAGAUUCCUCGCGAAGAUUCCUACGGCGUGCUCAAUGUCACAGUAUGGACUGAAUCCAAGCCAAAGAUCAAAGAAAACUUUGAAGUGGACUUUGGGUCGUCAUGGUUCAAAGUUGCAGGGUGGAAGAAGGGAUCCCGCGUUCUGACGGAGUCGAUUCGUGGAGAUUUGAAUUCGAUCCAGACAAGUCUGAGCAUCUUCUACGACCACACUAAGACAGGGCUUUGUAAGUCAUUACAGCAGCAGAGAGCCAAGAUUUCUGCUCAGAGAGAAGCCGAGAAGGCUAUGCUGCACUCUCAUUUUGAGGCUGCGGCAAAGACGAAAGAGCUUUUGGUAGCGCAUACAAAGGGCGUAAUCAGAAGCAUUUCAGGUACCCUGCAUGAUAGCCACGCGGCUGCUUCUUAUGCAAUCGAAAAGCAUGCGGAGAACAUCACCAAAGAUCUAGCAGUCUACGCCCGCAACAAGACCGCGGUGAUCUCUCGACAGUCACGUAUAUUAGCUCAAACAGCUACAAGAUCGAAUGUGAGAGCACUUCGCGGUCUCGCAGUCUUCAGUCAAAGACACCUCCGAGAGACGCAGAAAAAGGCGCUCCUGAUAUUGUGGAAAAUCGGAGGCGUGCCCAAGAAGACAAUAAAAGUGAAGGGCGAGGGCAAGGGACCAUCUCGUGGUGGCAAGAUAUUCGUUCGUCGUGAUGAACUGUGA